AGCUGUCAGGGCACCGCGAUAAAUCGCAAUGCAUUAUUGAUAAUAAUAAUUACGGUGACAUGCGCAUUUCUGCUGGAGGGGGGCCAAUUUUUUCCAAGUUGAAGAAGAGGAGGAAAUUUGUUCGGAACUCUUUGCUCCGGAUGGUCGCACCAUGUCGAGGCGCAAACAAGCCAAACCGCAGCACAUCAACUCCGACGAGCCCGAACCGGCGGAAAGCGGAGUUCUUCAAGACGAUCAAGGGGAGGAAGCUGGAAAUGAAAUGAAGAGGUUCCGAAUGGAAGAUACAAGAGUCUGUAAGAGGUGUUGUGCUGAAUUCUUUGACGAAGAUGAAUUUCUGGAACAUGAGAAAAAUUGCACAAAAAGCCAGCAAGUGGUCAUCAUGAAAGAUGGAGCUGGCAAUGAAAUGGCUGAAGAAUAUUCACAAGGUUCUCCUGAAGGCCUCAUUAGUGACCAUGAUGAUAGCCCAUCCAGCAAUCAUUCAUUAACGCAUGCUAGUACAGAACAUCUGGAAAGAACAGAAGACUCCAGCAUGAACGCAGAGGACUCAAGCCAACAGGAUCAGGCAGAGAUGUCUGCUAGUCCGGAGGUGUCAUUCCAAAACUCACCAAAAUUACAAGACUCAAAUGUCUCUCUUGAGGCCUCUAGUGAUGGUAAAGUAAAUGUCACCCAACAUUCUUCAAAUCCUACGACUCUGACCUCACCACACGAUGCCCUGCAGGCCAUCCCUAUGAUCCUGGAGCAGUUGGUGUGUCUCCAGCAGCAACAGCUACAGCAAAUCCAACUCACAGAACAGAUUAGACUUCAAGUAGCCAUGAUGGCCCCACAGGGUCUCAAGACAUCAGUAGCUGUAGCAGUGGACCCUCUAAAAGCCCUUGGUGCUCACCUCUCUCAACAGCUAUCUGCUGCAGCAGCUCUGAUAGGUAAAAGGACUGGCGGCCAAAGACACUCUGUGGAGACGAUGAAGCAAGUUAAACUACCUCAAUCUACUGGCAUCCCUACUUCUCUAGCUGGAGAACUGGGAGUGGUGACCUCUAAAACUGACAUUUUGAAAAGCAUUCCAGAUCUGGCCAGUCGUUUACCAGCUCUACUGCCUCAGUCGCCAGGUAUUGUGGCUUUUCCCAGCUCAUUCUCUGGCCUCCAAGCAGGGAUUGAUGCCUCAAAAAAAGUGAAGACCAAAAUGCUCAGCAUCCCAUCAGAAUCAAAGAAUGCUGAGUCAUUAUACAAGCACAAGUGCAAGUACUGUGGCAAGACCUUUGGUAACGACAGUGCUCUCCAGAUUCAUCUGCGGUCUCACACUGGUGAAAGGCCUUUCAAAUGUAAUAUCUGUGGAAACCGCUUCACAACCAAAGGAAAUCUUAAAGUGCAUUUCCAAAGGCAUAAAGAUAAGUAUCCUAACAUUAGCAUGAACCCUCACCCUGUGCCAGAGCACCUUGAUAACAUACCCACCAGUAGUGGUAUUCCUUUUGGAAUGUCUGUGCCCAUAGAUGAGUCAAAUAUGACCGACUUCAAGCCUGUGUUUGGGCAUCCAGCUGCUGGGUUCCACCAAUCAUCCAUAACAGCCUUUAAGACAACAUUUGACAGCUUUGGUGGGGACCAGUUCCCUCAGAGACCAUCCCCAUCAACAAGUGAUAGUGGCCCAUCUGUUUCGUCAAAUUUGUUUAGUCAAGAUGUGGGGCUGGAUCAGAAUCAGAAGGAUGACAAAGAUGUGAUUGGGGCUAUGCAUCAUAUGGAUGGCAAUGCAGUAUCAGUAGAACAAAGCUCUGGAACAGCAAAACUUCAGCAGAUGGUGGAUGGCCUGGAAAAGAGGACCGGUGACCCCAAUGAGUGUGUAAUCUGCCAUAGGGUGCUCAGUUGCCAGAGUUCCCUGAAGAUGCAUUAUCGCACUCAUACUGGUGAGAGGCCCUACAAGUGCAAAAUCUGUGGCCGUGCUUUCUCUACCAAGGGCAACCUCAAGGCCCAUUAUGGCGUGCAUAGGGCUAACACACCUCUUAAAAUGCAGCACUCAUGUCCCAUUUGCCAGAAGAAGUUCACCAAUGCUGUGGUUCUGCAGCAGCACAUACGGAUGCACAUGGGUGGACAAAUCCCCAACACGCCAAUGCCAGAAAAUCAGUUUGAAGCUGCAGAAACAAUGGACUCCCCUUUACAAGAGAAGUCCAUGGAGAUAAAUGGCUUUGAUGCAGGUAUUGAGGACCGUGAGACAGAAUUGAAGUCCCAGAAGCCAAAUGAUACUUCAAAUUUCUCCCCACGCGCUCCUGAGGAACAUGCCCAGAAACAUGCUGCUCCUUCUACAUUUUCCAGCCUAGAUGUUUUGAAGAACCUCACCUCUGCUCUUGCUUUAAAACGCCAAAGUAGCACGGCUUCAGAGAGUGACGGAACAUCAAAAGAGUCCCCCUCAGCUCCUAAGGAGCAUGAAUAUCAGAAUGGCCGUAGCCCUACCGUUUCUGACUCAGCCAUGUCAUUUCACUCAUCUUCUCCAGUAAACGGCAACAUGGGCAACAACAAGUCUCCAGAGGAUGCCACUGGUGAGGAGUUUGCUCAUUGUCGGUUAAAGCAGGAAUCCGAUAGUGGUGGUCAAGAUGGCAAUGAGUCAAGUGGAGCCCUUGACCUAACUGCUUCCAGCAGCUUCACCCCAAAAGGAAUUAAAGAAGAACCUGGCAUACCUUACACAAAUGGAGACUACGGCAACGUGCCUUUCAUGAGGAUUCCUUCAAGUCUGACCAAUCUGGAGAUGAAGAUUCCUCCAGAGAAUCCUCUGGGCCCACAUGGCUUGUUUACCUCACAUAUGGCUCAGGGAACUACCGUGCCCCCAUCCAUCUCGAGUACACCUCGGCGAUCGACCAAACAGCACAUGUGUAAUGUCUGCGGCAAAAACUUUUCCUCUGCCAGUGCGUUACAGAUACAUGAACGUACUCAUACAGGGGAGAAACCAUUUUCCUGCAACAUCUGUGGCAGGGCUUUUACCACAAAAGGAAAUCUAAAGGUGCAUAUCGGUACCCACAUGUGGAACAGCUCAUCACGACGAGGCCAACGUCUGUCUCUGGAAAAUCCCAUGGCCCUGAUGGCUAUGAGCUCAGAACCCAAGAUGAUUCCUGAAAUCAUGCAGCCGCCCAAAGAAAUGAGUGCUCCACCAAUGAACUUCGAUCCCUCUAUGUGGAACCAAUAUGCUGCCGCCUUCAGUGGCGGUCUAACCAUGAAGACCAAUGAAAUAUCUGUGAUCCAGGGUGGCGGUAUCCCACUCCAUGGGAGCUCUGCCGGUGGACCAUUGAUUGGCUCUACUGGAGGCCUCAUGAAGAUGGACGGCUCUCAUUCAGGCUUGCCAGCCACCAUGACUGAAAUCGAGAAGAACAGCUCUGACAGUGUGCCGAAAUCACAGCUCCCACAUUUCAUGGAGGAGGGUAAAAUCGCAGUUAAUUAGGUUCCCAGUUGCUCAUCCCAAUUCAGUUUGUGAAUGUCUUUUGAAUGAGGUACAAUCAACUUUUAUUUUUUAUGUUUUAUAAUGUUUUCUCAGUGCAGCUCUUUCCCUCCUGAUCUGGACAAUUCUCAAGUGUUAUUUUAGUUGACCUUAAUAUAACUACUGUAGAUGUAUUUUAUUUUUUACAUAUGCGGGUAUUUUUCUUCCUGUGACUUCGUUGGGUGUCUUCAGAGUUUGAAUGUAUGACUUACUUGAAAACUACUUUAAUUCAGACAGUCUCCCUGAUACUUUUUGAAGGAUUCUGACUUGACAGGAAAAGUUUCAGGGUGUGAAUAUUUUAAGGACUUCACGUUCCAGUGUUCAGAUGUAAUGGUGACGUUGAUCAUGUGUGUCAGUUUGACUACUUGUGUGCCAUAGGUUUUAUGACAUUGUAUGUGUUUGGGUUUUGUUUUUAAGUGGUAAAUGAUGACUUAUUUUGAAGGCUGUUGGCAUCAGUUUAGAAACUGCAGUUAUUUGACAGACUAAUCACUCUGUCAGAUGAAGGUUGCAACUGUCUGGUUUUGAUUAGAGUACAAAAUGGGCCUCCAUCUUCUUUUGCAUGAGUGCCAAGAUAAAGUGCCUAACCUGAACUGUACAUGCGGAUGAUAAUUAUGAAGGUCCUGUUAGACUGAAUUAAAUUAUAGCAGCUUUUUUUUUAAGUUUUCACCCAGGUUUCAGAUCGUCAUCUUUCUUUUUUUUUCUAUUCCACCUACAGAGUCAAUUUAGUUGGCUGAGCUUUGAAAGCUGUUAGACUUGAUGUUUUCAUACCUGCACUUUAUUUCAGGUUUUGGUUACCAACUGCGCCGUGUAGCUGCAUUUCAAACCCACUGCUUUUUUUUUAUGGUCAGUAAAUGGCAGCAUUUUUGUCAACAGUGGUUUUUAAUAGAUUUUGUUUUUGGACAACAUUUACUUCAACAGGUUGAGUUUUGUAGUUUUCUAGGUUAUCAACUUGUAGCAUCUAUUUAUUUAUAAUAAAAUGCUUGAGUUUAGGGGCCAAGUUCUACCUCAUUUCAGUUUUUACUUUAUGACCCCUAAUCUCUGUGUGCUGUAUUGUACAUUUUCCGAUACAUUCUGACCUUUUUUUUUUUAUUUUAUUCUCAACCUGCUGAGUUGAACAGUAAUGAAUGUAUCACUGGACACUUUACACAAUUCAGAGUGGUCAUAGUACUUGUAGGUCCCUGCUGUACAUUCCUUGUCGAUUAUGCAUUUGCCAAGUUGUGCCUUUGUUUAGCAAACCAUGUCAAAACUGUAAAACUUGUCUCUACAAUUCAAGUAAUGUUGUGCCAGUUUGACCUGUUUACAGUGCUUUUUUUCUCUCUUUCAGUGUUUCCUU